UCCGAAAGAGCCAAACACAGGCCCUCCCUAUUUCUCUGAUAAAACCUUAUCGUCUCCGUCGCCUCGCCUCUCCUCUUCUUCGCUGUGCGGCUUCCAAUCCAAACCUCCCCUUGUUGCAAACCUGAAUCCAAAUAUACCAUAGUCUCUCCUAAAACCCUAAUUUUGGGUAUUCGUUUGGAGUAGAAGAACGAGCGCUCAAGUCCAUGGAUUCCUCCAAGCAAGCCGCUUCUCAGCUCUGGGACUCCCCCUCAGGUUCUUCUCUUCUCAAACCUUCGUCUCCUUAUUUGUCUGGAAUUGAUAAUUCCGUCAAAACGGAUGAUUUGAAAAAGGGUAGCAGCGGCAGUAGUAGUUGUAGUGAGAGUAGUAGUUCUGAGGAUGGGGGUUUUGUGAGUGGGGAAGAGGAGUUCGAGACGGCGCGGGGGAGGCGGCCCGUGGCCGACACCGGGGAAGAAACCCUAGAAAUCGAGGGGGGGAAAAUCGGUGGGGUUCUGGGGGGUUCUUCGGAAUUCCCGAAGCCGGAGACUGAAAUGCCGCCGGUGGCAGUGGCCACGUCGGACGAUGGGGUUGAGGGAGAUGGAGUUGUGACGGGGAAUCAGGUUGGAGUGGUUGGCGAUGGCGUUGUUGAGGCCGUGGAGUCUGUACCAAUUGCAGCCGAGGGCUUCGUGGGGAAGCCUGAAAUUGUGGCCGAACCGGUAUCUAGUGGGAAGUCAAAUUCGAGUCAUUUGGUGGAAGAAGGCGGUUUGGGAGUGAUUCAACCGGUGCUUGUUGAGAACAAAAUUUCAAAUUACUUGGUGGGUGGAGGAGGGUUGGGAGUGAUUUUACCGGUGUCUGUUGAGAACAAAAUUCCAAAUGAUUUUGUGGAAGGUGGAGGUUUGGGAGUCAUCCAAGAUGGCACUAUUGAGGUUUCAGCGGGUAGUAAGGCGGAUGGGGUGGUUGAAACUUCACAGUUGGACGAGGAAAUGAAUUCUGGGGUUGAAGGGAGCAUGGUGACUGAGGAGGUGGUGGAGAAUGGGAAGAGGGCUGAAGAGGGCAAUAAGUACAAAGCUUUGAACACUGAGGAUUCUGUUAUGGUUGCUGAGGCUAAUGGGAGUGCUGAGGCUGUUCACGAGUCCUUACUGCCAAGCCAUGACAAUGGACAAAAUAAUUAUGAGAGUUCAGGACCAGCAGACAAGGAGCUAGUUGAAGCACAACAAGGAGUGAAAUUCACAACUGAAGGAGACUCUGUUGCGGGUGCCAUACAGGUUAACAUGUCAGAACCAGAAGUUGCUGUUGAUGGAGAGAUGGAACUGAGCAAGGAUUCUAGAGCUGAAGGGCCACAAAGCCCAGAAAAGGGUUAUGUGGAGUUGGCUAACAGGGCUGAUCAAACUAGCCAUGCUGUUGAGAACACCGGCAAUGUUGAUUCUGACAAAAAUUUAGAAAUUUCAUUUAACCGUGGUAUUGAAGUGGAAAAAUCUGAGCCUUCAGGCAUAAUAGAGAAUGGGCAACAAGCUGAUUCUGAGCCUGAACAGUUUGAAACUACAGUAAAAUUUGCUGCUGGUGGAGAUGAACAUGGGUCUUCAAAGGAAUUAGAUGGAGAUGAUGGUCAACAUCCAGUUCACGAUGCAAAACACAUAGAAAGCGAUGUUGCCUCUGCAAGUCCUACUGAUAAUGGAUUGGAAGGGAAAUUUGCAGAGGAAUCCCUGCUUCUUGGAUCUGAUGAACCAAGUUUGAAUCAGAACUCAUCAGCAAUACUGGAAGCUGAAGAUGAAGAUGAAGAUGAAGUGAACAACCAUAUCGAUGAAGAAGGGGAAAUUGGUGACUCGGUAUCAGAUGGGGAGACUGAUGGUAUGAUCUUUGGAAGCUCUGAAGCUGCCAAACAGUUUAUUGAGGAGUUGGAACGAGGAUCAGAUAUCGGUUCUUUUUCUGCUGCCAAGAGUUCUCAAGAUCAGCCACAGGGAAUUGAUGGUCAGAUUGUCUCAGACUCAGAUGAAGAAGCAGACACUGACGAAGAAGGAGAUGGGAAGGAAUUGUUUGAUUCUGCAGCAUUAGCAGCUCUUUUGAAAGCAGCAACAGGAGCUGGCUCAGACAGUGGUAACAUCACAAUAACCUCUCAAGAUGGAUCUAGACUGUUCUCAAUUGAGCGUCCAGCUGGUUUGGGAUCCUCAGCCCGAUCUUUCAAACCUGCUACCCGGCCAAAUCGUUCCAAUCUUUUCUCUCCUUCAGGUCUUACAACUGGGGGAGAAUCAGAGAACAACUUGAGUGAAGAAGAGAAGAAGAAGCUGGACAACAUACAACAAAUAAGGGUGAAAUUCUUGAGACUUGUUCAGAGAUUAGGUGUUUCUUCCGAUGAAUCUGUAGCAGCCCAGGUUCUAUACCGACUAGCACUUGUUGCCGGUAGACAAACCAGUCAAACUUUUAACCUUGAUGCUGCUAAGAGGACUGCUACAGAACUUGAAGCUGAGGGGAAAGAUGAUUUGAACUUUUCAGUGAACAUACUUGUUCUAGGAAAAUCUGGAGUUGGCAAGAGUGCAACCAUAAAUUCUAUUUUUGGCGAAAACAAGGCAUUAAUUGAUGCUUUUGAACCUGCCACUACAUCUGUAAAGGAGAUUACUGGAAUGGUUAAUGGAGUUAAGAUCAAGGUCUUUGAUACACCAGGUCUCAGGCCUGCUGUUAUGGAACAGGCUUUUAACCGCAGACUGUUGUUAUCAAUAAAGAAGUUAACCAAGAAAAGUCCCCCAGAUAUUGUCCUCUAUGUGGAUAGGCUGGACUCCCAGACUAGAGAUCUUAAUGAUCUGCCAUUGCUUAAGACAAUCACCAGUACCCUUGGCCCAUCCAUCUGGCGAAGUGCAAUAGUAACCCUUACACAUGCUGCUUCUGCACCUCCAGAUGGACCAUCUGGUUCUCCUUUGAGUUAUGAGGUUUUUGUUACUCAAAGGUCUCACGUUGUCCAGCAGUCCAUUGGACAUGCUGUUGGUGACCUGCGUAUGAUGAGCCCAAGUUUGAUGAAUCCCGUUUCUCUUGUUGAAAACCAUCCCUUGUGUCGGAAAAACAGGGAAGGUCAAAAGGUGCUGCCUAAUGGACAAACUUGGAAACCGCAGUUAUUGCUGUUGUGCUAUUCCAUGAAAAUCUUAUCAGAAACAAGUUCUCUCUCCAAGCCUCAAGAUCCAUUUGACCAUCGGAAGCUCUUUGGCUUCCGUGUACGGUCACCUCCUCUUCCAUACAUGUUGUCUUCGAUGUUACAGACCCGGGCACACCCAAAACUUUCCAGUGACCAGGGUGUUGACAAUGGUGAUUCUGAUAUUGACUUGACAGAUUUAUCAGAUUCUGACCAAGAAGAAGAGGAAGAUGAGUAUGAUCAACUCCCACCAUUCAAGCCUCUUAGGAAAUCUCAAAUUGCUAAGCUUAGCAAGGAGCAGAAGAAGGCAUAUUUUGAGGAGUAUGAUUAUAGGGUGAAGCUCCUUCAAAAGAAGCAAUGGAGAGAAGAGUUGAAAAGACUGAGAGAGUUGAAGAAGAGAGGGAAGGAUGCUGCAAAUGAAUAUGGUUUCAUAGGAGAAGAUGCUGAACAGGAAAAUGGAGGGGCUGCUCCUGUGUCAACUCCGUUACCUGACAUGGUCCUGCCACCUUCUUUUGAUAGUGAUAAUCCAGCAUUCAGGUACAGGUUUUUGGAGCCAACUUCACAAUUUUUGGCCAGGCCAGUUCUGGACACACAUGGUUGGGACCAUGACUGUGGAUAUGAUGGUGUCAACCUUGAACAAAGUUUAGCCAUUGCGAGCCGGUUCCCAGCAGCAGUUACUCUUCAAAUCACGAAGGACAAGAAAGAUUUUAGCAUCCACUUGGAUUCCUCAGUGGCUGCCAAACAUGGAGAGAAUGGCUCAAGUAUGGCAGGUUUUGAUAUUCAAACUAUUGGAAAGCAGCUUGCAUACAUUGUCAGGGGAGAAACCAAAUUCAAAAAUUUGAAGAAGAACAAGACAGCUGCUGGCAUAUCCAUUACCUUCUUAGGUGAGAAUGUAGCAACUGGGGUGAAGGUCGAGGAUCAGAUUGCUUGGGGAAAGCAAUGGGCUUUGGUAGGUAGUGCAGGGACCAUCCAUUGUCAGGGUGAUGCAGCAUAUGGAGCUAAUUUUGAGUUGCAACGUCGGGAAAUUGAUUACCCAGUUGGCCAAGUUCAAUCCACGUAUGGACUCUCUCUUAUAAAGUGGAGAGGGGACUGGGCUUUGGGGUUUAACACACUAGCUCAGUUCUCCAUUGGACGCAGUUCCAAGGUGGCAGUUCGAGCAGGAAUCAACAAUAAGCUCAGUGGGCAGGUCACUGUAAGAAGUAGCAGCUCAGAGCAUCUUGCUAUUGCACUUGCAGGUAUUAUUCCGAUCAUCUCUUCCAUCUACAGGAAAAUCUCACCAGCUGCUGGUGAUAAUUACUCGAUCUACUAGAUCAAUUUUCGUUCUUUUUGCAGUCUUUUGCUCUAUCUCUAGCUAAAGCAGUGGUUUUAUCACCUUGGUUUGCGUUUAUUUGGUUUAGAACUUGAUCGGAUAUUUUGGCGUAAUGAAUUUUAUUAAAUAUGAGAUGGAAUUCGGAGGGAACACUGUAUUCAUUGUCUUGAUAUAUGUUUCAUUGAAUAAUUUGAGUUUGCCAUGUGAAGUUUAUCUUCUUCUGAGGUA